UGUUUGAAACGGUUACAAGAAAAACAAUGAUAAUUUCAUAAUACAGGAGCUUGGACCGUGCAAAGUUCAGGACAGUUGUCAGCCAUCAGAAUAAAAGCCACUAAAAUAAUGUGUUUGUGUCUUGCCUGUUCUGGUACAGACUAAUAUUUAUAGGCAAAAAAAAAAUUAAAAGGAUCACGCAUGGUAUCACUUGUUGUACAAGUUUCUGUACUGAAAGUGGAAAAAUGUGAAACUUGAAAAAUUGGCCAAAGUGCAACACAAUGGUACACCCUGAUCUUGGAAUAGCCCAAAGGUCAACAAAAUGGCGGACAAGUCGGGAGAAGCUGUAGGUCUUGGUAGGCUUACCGGCAGGAUUGCCGUUGUUACAGGUGGUAGUGGUGGAAUCGGGGGUGCAGUUUGUCAACUAUUCGCUAGGGAAGGAGCCUCCGUUGCCGUGGUAGACAUCAAUGAGGACAAAGGUCAAGAAAUAGUGGCGUCUUUACCAAACAUGGGGUCACAACAACACCGCUUCUACAAAACUGACGUGGCGUCUUCCAAGUCUGUCAAUGAAAUGGCCACUGCUUUAAAGACAGACUACCCAAGUGCUCCCUCCGUGGUAGUGACAUGUGCAGGAGUGGCCCUACCGUCAUGUUUUCUGGAUAUGGACGAGGAAACGUACGACAAGACGACCAACGUCAACCAGAAGGGAACGUUUCUUGUAGCUCAGGCCAUGGCGAGACUCAUGGUAGAAGACAAAGUGAAGAACGGUUCCAUCAUCACUAUGGGAAGCAUUUGUGGAAGGGUUGGCCAACACGAGUUUACUCACUACUCGAGCACAAAAGGAGCAGUCGUGUCCAUGACAAGGGGCAUUGCGAAGGAACUUGCUGAGUAUGGCAUCCGUUGCAAUGUGGUCGUUCCUACUGUCAUUGAAACCAACAUCGUAGAUAAGUCUUACGACAAGGAGAGAGCGGAAUAUGUUGAACAGAAAACGUUCUUGAAACGAGCUGGUAAACCAUCCGAGGUGGCCAACCUGUGUCUGUUCCUAGCAUCGGAAGAAAGCAGCUACAUGACCGGCCAAGUGGUGGAUAUCACUGGUGGACAGUAGGAUCAACCAGUGAGAUUGGAUGGCGGUUACAGGCUUGCCCUGUCUACACAAUAAGAUUUUACAUCGUAUAAAGGAUGCACUAGUAUCUGUAUCUGAAAA